AUGGGAAAAGCUAGCAAAGACAAGAGAGACCUCUACUAUAGAAGGGCCAAGGAAGAAGGCUGGAGAGCUCGUUCCGCAUUCAAACUUCUCCAAAUAAAUGAGCAGUUCAACAUCUUCGAUGGUGUGAGUAAAGUGGUGGACCUCUGUGCUGCUCCGGGUUCUUGGUCUCAAGUGCUCAGCAGGGAAUUGAACAAGAAUCAGGAAGAAAAAACGGCGAAAAUCGUGGCGGUGGACUUACAGCCCAUGGUUCCAAUCGACGGUGUCACAUGUCUUCAAGCUGAUAUCACCCACCCAAAAACGUUGCAGAGAAUCUUGGAUAUCUUUGGUGGUGAAAGUGCAGACUUCGUCUGUAGUGACGGCGCUCCAGACGUCACAGGACUCCAUGAUCUUGACGAAUACAUUCAGGCACAAUUGAUCUUGGCUGCUCUUCAACUUACUACCUGUAUUCUCCGGCCCGGAGGAACGUUUGUGGCUAAAAUCUUCAGGGGCAGAGACAUCGACCUCCUCUACAGUCAGCUUGGAUAUCUUUUCGAUAGAGUGGUAUGUGCAAAGCCCCGCUCAUCUCGUGGAACAUCGUUAGAAGCGUUUAUUGUGUGUUUGGGAUACCGUCCGCGUCCAGACUGGAACCCCAAACUAGAGCUCAAUAUGUCUACUGAAGAAUUCUUCGAGCACGCAGGCAUCGGCAAGAGUUACAUCCAAGAGGAGAUGGAAUUGCCCGAGCUCGAAGAGAGAGCAAUUGCAAAAUUCAUUUCAUGUGGAGACUUAAACGACGGAGAUUCGGAUGCAACAUACACCUUGAACUCUACAGAGGAGAAGCGUAAUCUUCAACCCGUCCAAUUGCCAACAGCCCCACCUUACAAAAAGGCAUUGGAAAUGAAGAGAAAGGGAGACUUGGUUAGAAGAUAA